AUGGGGAGGUCUGAGAAGAAAAAGAGAACGAAACUGGAGAAAGCUCAAAGAAUUGAGUUCGAUAAAAAAAUGGAGAAAUAUUAUCAGGCGUUAAUGAAGACAGAAGAAAGAACCACAAGAGAACUGAGUUUUGACCCGCGUUUUAUUAUGGAAAAGACGCAAGACAGAGAAAAAACCAUCCAAAAAGUUAGAAUCUUGGAGGAUGAGAUUCAGGAACUCUCCACUUCCCCCAAUUCUGAAACUAUGAAGAAGUUUUGUCCCGUGUUUUAUUAUGGAAAAGACGCAAGACAGAGAAAAACCCAUGAAAAAGUUAGAAUCUUGGAGGAUGAGAUUCAGGAACUCUCCACUUCCCCCAAUUAUGAAACUAUGAAACGUCCAGACGGGCACUCUCUCAGUUUUGACCCGCGUUUUAUUAUGGAAAAGACGCAAGACAGAGAAAAAACCAUGCAAAAAGUUAGAAUCUUGGAGGAUGAGAUUCAGGAACUCUCCACUUCCCCCAAUUCUGAAACUAUGAAAGUAUAUAAGAAGUUAAUAGUAGGAAGUUAUGUGAAAGAUAAUCAUAGUGGUUUCUAUAGAAGUUAUAAGAAGUUAUUAGAUAUCACUCUCCUCCAUCAUUCAUGGGGAGGUCUGGGAAGAGAAAGAGAACAAGACAGGAGAAAGCUCAAAGAAUUGAGUUCGAUAAAAAAUGGAGAAAGAUUAUCAGGUGUUAAUGAAGACCGAAGAAAGAACCACAAGAGAACUGAGGCAAACAUUAGAAGUUUUGACCUGCGUUUUAUUAUGGAAAAGACGCAAGACAGAGAAAAAACCAUGCAAAAAGUUAGAAUCUUGGAGAAUGAGAUUCAGGAACUCUCCACUUCCCCCAAUUCUGAAACUAUGAAAGUUAGAAGUUUUGACCUGCGUUUUAUUAUGGAAAAGACGCAAGACAGAGAAAAAACCAUGCAAAAAGUUAGAAUCUUGGAGAAUGAGAUUCAGGAACUCUCCACUUCCCCCAAUUCUGAAACUAUGAAAGUUAGAAGUUUUGACCUGCGUUUUAUUAUGGAAAAGACGCAAGACAGAGAAAAAACCAUGCAAAAAGUUAGAAUCUUGGAGAAUGAGAUUCAGGAACUCUCCACUUCCCCCAAUUCUGAAACUAUGAAAGUUAGAAGUUUUGACCUGCGUUUUAUUAUGGAAAAGACGCAAGACAGAGAAAAAACCAUGCAAAAAGUUAGAAUCUUGGAGAAUGAGAUUCAGGAACUCUCCACUUCCCCCAAUUCUGAAACUAUGAAAGUUAGAAGUUUUGACCUGCGUUUUAUUAUGGAAAAGACGCAAGACAGAGAAAAAACCAUGCAAAAAGUUAGAAUCUUGGAGAAUGAGAUUCAGGAACUCUCCACUUCCCCCAAUUCUGAAACUAUGAAAGUUAGAAGUUUUGACCUGCGUUUUAUUAUUGAAAAGACGCAAGACAGAGAAAAAACCAUGCAAAAAGUUAGAAUCUUGGAGAAUGAGAUUCAGGAACUCUCCACUUCCCCCAAUUCUGAAACUAUGAAAGUUAGAAGUUUUAACCCGUGUCUUAUUAUGGAAAAGAUGCAAGACAGAGAAAAACCCAUGCAAAAAGUUAGAAUCCUGGAGAAUGAGAUUCAGGAACUCUCCACUUCCCCCAAUUCUGAAACUAUGAAAGAUAGAAGUUUUGACCUGCAUUUUAUUAUGGAAAAGACACAAGACAGAGAAAAAACCAUGCAGAAAGUUAGAAUCCUGGAGAAUGAGAUUCGGGAACUCUCCACUUCCCCCAAUUCUGAAACUAUGAAAGUUAGCUAA